AUGUCGGCUUAUCGAGGGAAAAAAGUUACAGAAGCUAAAGAUAAAUCAGCUUUCUUUGCGCCAAGAGCAAAACAAGUUGAGCAAACCGAAAGUGCUGAUCCUAAUAUGGAGACAGAAGCAGCAUGUAACGAUGAGGGGGAGACUGUGGAUGCUCCAAUCACUCAGCAAAUGUUACAAGCUAUGCUGGACAACGCGGUCACUAAAAUGCAAAACACG